AUGAGCUGGAUGCAUUCAGGUAGUCACCGGAAGUCGGAAAAUGAGGUCCAGCAUCUUGUAAAAGAUGUUCUACAAGCCGGGGAUUUCGACGUUCAGCAUCUCAAAGCAUUCUCAGUGAGGAAGAACUUGCGAGAAUUGAAUAGGGACCAUAGCGGGGAGAAAGUCACAUUUCCUGACCAUUGGAUCAAGUCUGAUGUCACCAUUAACAUCCCGACAAAGUCAAGAGAAGAAGGACCCAUGGCAUACACCAUUGCCGGAUUUCAUUAUCGGCCACUUUUGGAAGUAAUCCACGCAGCAUUUGCAGAUGUGCAAGCAGGUGCAUUCCAUCUUUCGCCUUUCAAGUGGUUAUGGAAGGAUCCUUUGGAUGACAAUCAGGAACGAAUCUAUGAUGAACUCUACUCAUCUGAUGCCUGGCUGGAAGCUCAGGACGAUGUCCAGAAGCUACCCAAGGAUCCCGGAUGUUCAUUGGAACGUGUCAUAGCGGUCUCAUGUUCUUUUCCAAUGCUACUCACCUGGCAAACUUUGGCACCACAAAAGCUUGGCCGCUUUACCUAUAUUCUGGAAAUCUGA